CAGUUGUCACUGACGCAGUACAGUACUCUGCAGCAGACGGUCUGUUUACACGCGUCUAUUUUAUUUUCUAUUUCUUCUGUCAGCGUUGCACGUGCAUGCGUUGCGAAGCGACGUUCUAUAACCCAAACGCUAAGUUAUAGCAUGUAGUGUAACAAAAACAAUCAAGUAAAACUUGAAAGUAUUGACAAUGGUUCGUAAACUCAAGUAUCACGAGCAGAAACUAUUGAAAAAAGUUGACUUUAUUUCUUGGGAAGCUGACAACAAUUUGCAUGAAGUCAAAGUUUUGAAACGUUAUCAAAUACAAAAAAGGGAAGAUUACACCAAGUAUAACAAACUGUCUCGAGAAAUUCGUGAACUAGGAAGAAAAAUAAAAGAGUUGGAUGCUGAUAAUCCAUUUAGAGCAGAGCAAAGUGCUGCAUUGUUAGAAAAGUUGUACAUGCUAGGAAUCAUCCCUACGAAAUGGGAUCUUUCCCUAUGCCAAAAAGUUACAGCAAGCUCCUUUUGCAGAAGAAGGUUACCCGUGGUUAUGGUGCGCAGUAAAAUGAGCGAAAGUAUAAAAAUGGCAACUCAGCUUAUCGAACAAGGGCAUGUACGAGUUGGACCAGAAAUAAUUAAGGAUCCAGCAUUUUUGGUUACUAGAAAUUUGGAAGAUUUUGUUACAUGGAUAGAUACUUCAGCAAUUAAGAAACAUGUGAUGAAUUAUUCUAAUGCUAGAGACGAUUUUGAAAUGUAAUAAAACCAUGCAUUGACAUUGUAUAAAUACUUUAUUUUUAAUAACGCUAUAUUAUAAUGUAUCUCUAUGCGUCAUAAGCUAUAUUUUCUAGAUAAAAUUAUAAUAAAGUACAAGAAAAAAAUUU